AUGGUUCAUUCACACUUUUGUCCAAAAACUGGUAAACAACUGAACAAAAAUAUGCAUCUGGUUGAUCAGUAUUUAUCGUUUGAACAAACUUUUAAAUGGAAAUUAUUGGUAUUUAUUCACUUCAUUUACACAUCAUCAUGCUAUUUAUCGAAUUCCAUUACAAUGAAACGUCCACCAACAGAUUAUUUUCAUCCAUUACCUGAGAGAUAUAUUGACCUAUUAAGUCCAAUCAAUCCUGUUCAUGAUUAUCUUCACUUCAAUCCAGGCACAACAUCUGAAUUAGAUUGUAAUCAAUGGGAAAACCGGAAUUUACAAGCUUCCAGUUCUACUAAAACACUGCAAUCGGACUACAAUGGUCAAGAGGAUAUAUAUUUAUCCUACACACCAUUACUGCCAGUGAGCUUUUUGGUUGAAAUGAUACCAUAUCCAAGGUUAUAUCCUGGACGAUCAUUUUUCUUCAGUCGUCUAGAUAACUUGAAUCGUAUACGUUUAGCUAUCGGAUUAAACCAAUGGGGUAAAACUGGUGAAUGUAUGGAGUUAUGGAUACAUCAUGAAUUGUUUUAUAGUCUGGAACCAACUCCAAAAAUUUCCACGUAUUAUAUUGGAUCAGGUUUAGUAAAUCAUGCCGGUCUUGUGAUAGUACCUUUACCGAACUAUCAAUUCAAUACUAACAAACUUAUUACAUUGAUUAUUGAAAUUACAAACGCCAGUGUUAAAGUGUACAAAAAAUGUAAGUUAUACCAUAAACCUCUAUUUAAUAUAAAUUACCGACAAAACAUAAAAUAUCAUCAUUUACAUGGAGACAGAUUUGAAAAUAAAUCAAAAGAAUUAUCAAGAAUGGACAAAUUCUAUGCUCUGUCAGGAGGACCAUAUCAUGGUGACAAAUUUUUAGGUCUUAUGAAACGACUGAAAAUGUUUUUUACUGAAUAUGGAGCUCGAAAAUAUUGUUCUGAUGAUAGUAAUUUCAAACUAUGCAAAAGUAGUUUAAAUAAACAAUAUAUCCGAACAGAAUGGCAGAAAUUAAAGCCAUUUGACCAGUCAAAUCAUACAGUUCAAUUAAACAAUAAUGAACAGAUCAAUAUUAAAAUCAAUAAACCAUUAAACAAUAUUAUCUAUAAUAGGACAAAACAAUCAUUUAACAAUAACAAUGAUGUAACCGUAAACAAUCGAUCGAAAUCAAAUAAAUGUAAUCAAAAUAUUCAUGAAGAUAAUUGUACUAAAUUAAAUUUAAAUAAGCCAGUGAAAAAUGUACCAGGUGGAAGACCAGCACUGACAGAGUUAGUCGGAGCUGAAGAGCAUGUGAGUGGAGACGCUUCGACAGGCACCGAUUCUGUCGAUCACAUGGAUCGUGUCGAUUCCAGAGGGGAGAAUCUUCUCGGAAUACAGGUACCAGGUGGAAGACCAGCACUGACAGAGUUAGUCGGAGCUGAAGAGCAUGUGAGUGGAGACGCUUCGACAGGCACCGAUUCUGUCGAUCACAUGGAUCGUGUCGAUUCCAGAGGGGAGAAUCUUCUCGGAAUACAGGUACCAGGUGGAAGACCAGCACUGACAGAGUUAGUCGGAGCUGAAGAGCAUGUGAGUGGAGACGCUUCGACAGGCACCGAUUCUGUCGAUCACAUGGAUCGUGUCGAUUCCAGAGGGGAGAAUCUUCUCGGAAUACAGGUACCAGGUGGAAGACCAGCACUGACAGAGUUAGUCGGAGCUGAAGAGCAUGUGAGUGGAGACGCUUCGACAGGCACCGAUUCUGUCGAUCACAUGGAUCGUGUCGAUUCCAGAGGGGAGAAUCUUCUCGGAAUACAGGUACCAGGUGGAAGACCAGCACUGACAGAGUUAGUCGGAGCUGAAGAGCAUGUGAGUGGAGACGCUUCGACAGGCACCGAUUCUGUCGAUCACAUGGAUCGUGUCGAUUCCAGAGGGGAGAAUCUUCUCGGAAUACAGGUGUCAAGUGAACAACCAGCAUCGACGAGUGAACGUCAGACCGGAGACAAUGAGACCAGAGACACUUCAGGAGACUCUGACUCCAUCAGUCACAUGGGUGUUGGUGUUGGUGUCGGUGCCAGUGAGGAGAAUCUUCUCGACACACAGGUGUCAAGUGAACAACCAGCAUCGACGAGUGAACGUCAGACCGGAGACAAUGAGACCAGAGACACUUCAGGAGACUCUGACUCCAUCAGUCACAUGGGUGUUGGUGUUGGUGUCGGUGCCAGUGAGGAGAAUCUUCUCGACACACAGGUGUCAAGUGAACAACCAGCAUCGACGAGUGAACGUCAGACCGGAGACAAUGAGACCAGAGACACUUCAGGAGACUCUGACUCCAUCAGUCACAUGGGUGUUGGUGUUGGUGUCGGUGCCAGUGAGGAGAAUCUUCUCGACACACAGGUGUCAAGUGAACAACCAGCAUCGACGAGUGAACGUCAGACCGGAGACAAUGAGACCAGAGACACUUCAGGAGACUCUGACUCCAUCAGUCACAUGGGUGUUGGUGUUGGUGUCGGUGCCAGUGAGGAGAAUCUUCUCGACACACAGGUGUCAAGUGAACAACCAGCAUCGACGAGUGAACGUCAGACCGGAGACAAUGAGACCAGAGACACUUCAGGAGACUCUGACUCCAUCAGUCACAUGGGUGUUGGUGUUGGUGUCGGUGCCAGUGAGGAGAAUCUUCUCGACACACAGGUGUCAAGUGAACAACCAGCAUCGACGAGUGAACGUCAGACCGGAGACAAUGAGACCAGAGACACUUCAGGAGACUCUGACUCCAUCAGUCACAUGGGUGUUGGUGUUGGUGUCGGUGCCAGUGAGGAGAAUCUUCUCGACACACAGGUGUCAAGUGAACAACCAGCAUCGACGAGUGAACGUCAGACCGGAGACAAUGAGACCAGAGACACUUCAGGAGACUCUGACUCCAUCAGUCACAUGGGUGUUGGUGUUGGUGUCGGUGCCAGUGAGGAGAAUCUUCUCGACACACAGGUGUCAAGUGAACAACCAGCAUCGACGAGUGAACGUCAGACCGGAGACAAUGAGACCAGAGACACUUCAGGAGACUCUGACUCCAUCAGUCACAUGGGUGUUGGUGUUGGUGUCGGUGCCAGUGAGGAGAAUCUUCUCGACACACAGGUGUCAAGUGAACAACCAGCAUCGACGAGUGAACGUCAGACCGGAGACAAUGAGACCAGAGACACUUCAGGAGACUCUGACUCCAUCAGUCACAUGGGUGUUGGUGUUGGUGUCGGUGCCAGUGAGGAGAAUCUUCUCGACACACAGGUGUCAAGUGAACAACCAGCAUCGACGAGUGAACGUCAGACCGGAGACAAUGAGACCAGAGACACUUCAGGAGACUCUGACUCCAUCAGUCACAUGGGUGUUGGUGUUGGUGUCGGUGCCAGUGAGGAGAAUCUUCUCGACACACAGGUGUCAAGUGAACAACCAGCAUCGACGAGUGAACGUCAGACCGGAGACAAUGAGACCAGAGACACUUCAGGAGACUCUGACUCCAUCAGUCACAUGGGUGUUGGUGUUGGUGUCGGUGCCAGUGAGGAGAAUCUUCUCGACACACAGGUGUCAAGUGAACAACCAGCAUCGACGAGUGAACGUCAGACCGGAGACAAUGAGACCAGAGACACUUCAGGAGACUCUGACUCCAUCAGUCACAUGGGUGUUGGUGUUGGUGUCGGUGCCAGUGAGGAGAAUCUUCUCGACACACAGGUGUCAAGUGAACAACCAGCAUCGACGAGUGAACGUCAGACCGGAGACAAUGAGACCAGAGACACUUCAGGAGACUCUGACUCCAUCAGUCACAUGGGUGUUGGUGUUGGUGUCGGUGCCAGUGAGGAGAAUCUUCUCGACACACAGGUGUCAAGUGAACAACCAGCAUCGACGAGUGAACGUCAGACCGGAGACAAUGAGACCAGAGACACUUCAGGAGACUCUGACUCCAUCAGUCACAUGGGUGUUGGUGUUGGUGUCGGUGCCAGUGAGGAGAAUCUUCUCGACACACAGAUGUAUAAACCAACGGAUUUAAUGAAUCAGCCAUCUGAUGACUUGUACGUAGGACUGGUUAAACAGAAAACAGAAAAACCGUCUCAUAAUAGAAAUGCGACGUAUAAAACAUUUGAAGAAGUUUCAGGAACCUAUCGAAUGAAUAGAAGAGCUGAUUAUAGUUAUACCAUAAAUUCUUCAUUCGAAGAAGCCAUAAUUCAUAUUGGACAAAAAGGAGACAUUGGACCACAGGGUCCAGCUGGUCCAGUGGGUUCUAUGGGUUAUUGUCCAGAAACAAUAUGUCCACCAACUGAUAUGAGUUCAUUGAAAGGUGUUCAAGGUGAGACUGGAUCAAGUGAUUGGUGUAAUAGAUCAUGUAAAACUAUUGAUGGAUUUAUUGGAUUAAAAGGAAUAAAAGGUCUAAAAGGUGAUAUGGGAGAUACUCUAAUAUUAUCAUUUUCAAAAGCCUUACAACUAAUUAAAUACACAAUAAAUAUUACAUCAUCAAAUUAUUUUCCUAAAGGUCAAAAAGGAGAUAAAGGUGAAGUGAUUCAAAGAAGAAUAUUUUCACAGAAUAAUAGAAAUUUUCAUCGAUAUAAACGGGAACAACAAAGAGAUUAUGAUCAUUUAACUUCUCGAAUCCAACCUUUACAGGAAGAUAAGAAAUAUGUAAAACAUCGUUUGAAUCAAUCAACACAUGAUUCAAGUAUAUUAUUCACUGGAUCAAGUUUUUCCAAUUUAGAAAAACAAAAAAUUUUAGGUGUUAAAAUACUUCAUCAUCCUACUGAAUUCAAAAAUAUUAGUUCAAUUCUACCAGUUGGUGCAUUAGUUGUUACUGAAUUUUUCAAUUAUGAAGUAUUAUCAUUUGCAAAUGAUAAUCAAUCAUCCAAAUGGGAUUUAAAUAGAAAUUUUCAAUCGGAUCAACUUAGUUCAUUGGGUUUAUUUAUGAAAAUUGAAAAUAUUCAUAAUACAUGGAAAAGAAUACAUGUUAAGUUUGGACAAGAAGUAACAUUCGGUCAACAUGAUCCUAAUUUACAAAUCUACAACAGUUCAUCUUCCAAAGAACCUUCAGCUAAAACUUAUACCCCCAGAUAUAGAGAAAAAAUAGUAUUUGCAUUUCACCCUGUUCCUUUGACUGGAGGAUCAUUUUCAGGAUGGCAUGGAGCCAAUUUGAAAUGUCAUGAAACUGCUCUUUAUCAUCUGGGAAUACCUGAUUUUAAGGUACUUCUUGUAGACAGAAAUUUUCCAAUAGAACGUCUUAUCAAAUGGCAAUAUCAACAUGUACCUAUUAUAAAUCUAGGUAGUCAGACUGUAUUUUCUAAAUGGAGAGAUUUCCUAUAUGGUAUUCGUUCGAAUAUAAACGUACCACUGUACGAUUUAUAUGGUAUGCCUGAUUUACAAGUUGAUUCUAAAAAGUUCUGGCUUGGAGGUGGUGUUAAUUUUGGAUGUGAUGAAUGGACAACAAAUUCAUCAACAAAAUUUGGUCUUACAUGGUCAUUUGAUUAUAGAAUAGGUCAAGUGAAAAUCAACUACGCAAAAUGUGAUUCAAUCAAUUAUUUAAUGUGUUAUAAGAUUGUGAAACCUACAAUAGCCUAAUACUUCGGCUUAAUAAUAAUGUUUAUGAUCAUUAUUUUAUUAAACUAUAAACACAUCUACUAAAAUUACUUAAUUUAAUCAACCAGUUAAUUUUUCAUGCAAAGUAUAUGGAAG